GAGAGAGAGAGAGAGAGAGAGAGAGAGAGAGAGAGAGAGAGAGAGAGAGAGAGAGAGAGAGAGAAUGGACAAGCUCCAUAAGGUGUUUGUGGCUGUGGCAGAGUCGAUCACUCCCGCUCGAUCGGUAUCUGCGUUCAAAGAAAAAGGGGUGUUGACGCCAGAAGAGUUUGUGCAGGCGGGAGACAACCUGGUAGCGAAGUGCCCGACCUGGUCCUGGGAAGGGGGUGACACGUCGCGAAGGAAGACCUACCUCCCACCUGGAAAGCAAUUUCUUGUCACGCGCAACGGAAAGGGGGAGGAGAGAUGGAGAAGACGAUGGUGGUGGAGGAGGAGGAGAAGGAGAGGAGGGGAGGAGAGAUGGACCAGAGAUGGAGAAGACGAUGGUGGUGGAGGAGGAGGAGAAGGAGAGGAGGGGAGGAGAGAUGGACCAGGGAUGAAGAAGAGGUGCGAUGAGGAUGGGAAGCAGGAAAGGCGGAGGAGAGAUGAGAAGACGAUGGUGGUGGAGGAGGAGGAGGAGAACGCGAGGAGGGGAGAAGUUAACCGACCUGUGUGAUGGCUUUGUCCAAGUUUCCUGAAGAUGGAGAAGGCUGCGCUGGCUAUGGGUGCGGAUGCCUCCCACUGACCAGUACAGAUGCCAAGAAGACGACUGCGGCAAUAAACGGCAACACACGGCGGCCGCAGAGGACCGACGAGCAGGGCACUACAAGGGACUACCGGGGCACUGCCAGGGAAGUGUGGGGGAGGUCUGAGUAGUUCAAAGUAGUUCAAAAUUGAACUACUCAGAUCUCCCCCAAAAUAUUUUUUUCAGGCCUGCGCGCGGCCCAUGCAGCCCAGAUUUUUUUUUUUCCCGCCAUAUGUGACAUUUUCCGCCGAACGGGACUUGGGCCUACAACACCCCCACCCCGGCGUUUUUUUUUUUGUUUUUGACCCUUUGAUUUCGGGGUGCGCCGCACGCAUGGGGGCACGUGUGCGUGGCCGGCGCGAACUGCAUGCACGCAUGUAUGAAUGAUGAAAACCAUCAAAUUCAGUAAAUUGAUAAGUUGAAUGCUUCUGCUAAUGAAUAUGACACCAACUC